AGCAAACCCGUCAGCCAAAUGGAGGCCAGGCCAGCUCACAUAGACCCUCCCUCCCAUUCACUAUUUCCAUCACUCCAUAGUCUAGUGGCAGCCACAUUAUUAUUGCUCAUUUCUCCCCAAUUAUUCAUUCAUGGCCCAAACUCCCUCGCCGUCAUCCCCGCCGCCGCCGCCGCCGCCGCUCAACACCUACAUCCUCACCGCCUCCUCCAUAUCCUACGCAAAACCCACCGCCGCCAUCUCUUCCACCUUCCACCACCUCUUCAACAACCCACCCUCCCGUUCAUCCUCAACGGCUAAUUACAUCCUAAAAGAUGUUUCCUUCACCGCACACCCUUCCGAAAUCCUCGCCGUCGUCGGCCCCAGCGGCGCCGGAAAGUCAACCCUCCUCGACAUCCUCGCCGCCCGGACGUCCCCAACCUCCGGCACCCUCCUCCUCAACUCCGCCCCGCUCAACCCCUCCUCAUUCCGCAAGCUCUCCGCCUACGUCCCCCAACACGACGCCUGCCUCCCCCUCCUCACCGUCUCCGAGACGUUCGCCUUCUCCGCCCGCCUCCUCCACCCCAAACUACCCCCCUCCAGCAUCUCCACCCUCGUCUCCGCCCUUCUGGCCGACCUCAGCCUGACCCACCUCGAGCACACCAGGCUAGGGAACGGCCUGUCGGGCGGAGAGCGGCGCCGGGUCUCCCUCGGCCUCAGCCUGCUCCACGACCCGGCGGUCCUGCUCCUCGACGAGCCGACCUCCGGGCUCGACAGCAAGUCUGCAUUCAAAGUAAUGCAGACUCUGAAGUCGACGGCAGAAACCCGCCGCCGCACCGUCAUCGUCUCCAUCCACCAGCCCAGCUUCAAGAUCCUCUCCACCAUAGACAAAAUCCUCCUCCUAUCCAAAGGCGCCGUCGUCCACCACGGGACCCUCUCCUCACUCGAAGCCUUCCUCCUCGCCAACGGCCUCACCGUGCCUCCCCAGCUCAACUCACUAGAGUACGCCAUGGAAGCACUCAACAAGCUCCCCGCAAGAAACAAUAAUAAUUUCAAUCAAACAUCGUCUGUGACUUCAGCCACGACCCCGUUACUCCGGAGUUGCAACUACAGGAGUACGAGGUUUCAGGAAAUUUGUGUUCUCUAUAAGAGGUUUUGGAAGAUCAUAUUUAGAACCAAACAGCUUUUAUUGAUGAACACAUUACAAGCUUUGGGAGUGGGUUUGGUUUUGGGGACAGUUUAUAUAAACAUGGGAUACGGGAAAACCGGAAUAGAAAAGCGGUUAGGGCUAUUCGCGUUUACGUUGACUUUCUUGCUGUCAUCGACGACCGAGACUCUCCCGAUCUUCAUAAAUGAACGGCCGAUAUUGAUCCGGGAGACUUCAAGUGGGGUCUACCGUUUAUCAUCGUACCUUGUGGCCAACACAAUGGUUUUCUUGCCGUACCUCCUCGGCGUGGCCGUACUGUACUCCGCCGCCGUCUACUUCCUCGCCGGGCUGUGCGCCACGUGGCAGGCGUUCGGGUUUUUCGUGCUGGUGAUUUGGGUGAUAGUGCUGAUGGCGAACUCGUUCGUGAUGUUUCUGAGCGCGGUGGCGCCGAACUUCAUCGCCGGGACGUCGCUGGUGACGGCGCUGCUCGCCGGGUUCUUUUUGUUCUCCGGCUACUUCACGUCGAAGGACCGGACGCCGGCGUUCUGGAGGGCGAUGCAUUAUCUGUCGAUGUAUAAGUACGCUCUGGACGCGCUGCUGAUCAACGAGUUCUCGUGCCUGAAGGGGAGGUGCCUGGUGUGGUACGGCGGCGGAGAGGCGGCGACGUGCAUUGUUGACGGCGGGGAUGCGCUCCGGAUUAGAGGGCUCCGGGAGGGGCAGCGGUGGGUUGACGUGUACGCGCUGCUUGGGUUCUUUGUGUUGUACAGAGUGCUUUGCUUGUUGGUUUUGAUCAGAAGGGUUUCCAGCUCCAAGAAGUAACAAAUAAAUAAAUAAAUAAUAUUCCACUGCUAUUUAUUCUGUGUUUUCAUUUCUAAUAAGCUUUUGAUCACUGC